GUGCUGAAGGUCCACCUGUCGGCCCACCCGGAGGUCUACGGCCGAGCGCCGGGCGAAGUCACCGGCGACAAGGUCAACAAGAACCUUCUGUUCGAUUCGGACCGCCAGCACCUGUACAUCACCACCGAGAAAAAGGUCAGCGAAGCGCCGCCACGCCGGCUGAUUGAUUAUCCGUUUUUAACCGAAUCCAUUUCUGUCGCCCUCCAUCUGUCCAACGCCUCCGAGAAGGUCGGCGACUCCGUCAGGUGCACAAGGAAGCAGGACUGCAGCCGCUCGUCGGAGGAGAACACCUGGCUGUGGUCGCCCAACCAGCAGUGCGUCCAGAUCCAGGCCUUCGACCCGCCCAACCUCAGCUGCAGGAAGACCCAGCAGGUCGACAUCAGCGUCCCGACUCUGCCCAGACUGAGGCCCAGCGACAGCCUGCAGUGCGUCUUCGGCGACUUCCGGACCGGAGGAACCGUGAUGGCGGAGGACGGCCGGGUGGAGGUCACCUGCUCGCUGCCCGACCCGGUGGAGAUCCCGCCCACGCCCGAGCAGCAGGACUUCGUGUCGGUUCCGGUCCGGGUUCUGGUGAACAAUCAUCGAGGUUCCAUCGAGGUGACGUCGGGAGAGUACCACUUCUACAACUGCGCCGCCACGGUCCGCAAGAACCAGAACACGCCGUGCAUCUCCUGCGUGACCAGCCAGUGGGGCUGCCAGUGGAACGCCGCCACGCACAGCUGCAGCGACAGCGACGAGUCGGUGGACGGAAACCACAUCGUCAGACCGCAGCAGCCUGAGAGUUGUCCUCAGUUCGAGUCCCCGGAGCCGCUGCUCAUCCCCGUCGGCUUCCAGAUUCCCAUCAGCUUCCAGGGCAGGAACCUGGAGAACUACAUGGGCCGGAGGUUCUCCAUCGGCACCGAGCUGAUGAAGGCGACGGAGGAGGACGUGACCCAGGAGCAGGAGUCCAGGUUCCGGUUCAGAGGAUACGAGUUUUCCUACGACAAGCAUCAGGAGGUGAACGUCUCCUUCCACAUCAAGCAGAGCGACUCGGAGAAGAAGAUCGACAGCACGCUGACGGUGGUUCUGUACAACUGCUCGGUGGACCGGGAGGACUGCAGCCUCUGCAAACACGCCGACGCCAAGUACCAGUGCGUCUGGUGCUCGGCCACGCGCACCUGCGUCUACCGGGAGCUGUGCCCGGCGCCGCAGCCGGCCCGCUGCCCCGACCCGGAGAUCACCGACAUCAUCCCUCGCUUCGGGCCUCUGAACGGCCGGAUCUCUGUCACCAUCAAAGGCUCCAACAUGGGCAUCAAGAAGGAGGACGUGAGGAAGAUCACGGUGGCCGGCGUGGACUGUGUCCACCAGGAGGAGCGCUACUCCGUCUCCACCAGUGUGGUUUGUGAGAUCGGCCCGGCGAGGCGACCGCCGCCCUUCGACCUCCCCGUGGACCCGCUCACCAGCGGGGCGGUGGAGGUGGAGGUGGAGGGAGGACGACGAGGGACGUCGAAGGUCCUCUUCACCUACCGGGACCCCAAACCGACCACCGUCCAGCCAGCGAAGGGUCCAGCCGCCGGAGGAACCGUGAUCACCAUCGGUGGAGAGAACCUGGACACGGCGACCAAAGACGACGUGGCCGUCACAGUGGGGGGCGUCUCCUGUGAAGUUCUGACAUUCGGCACCGAGAUCACCUGUAAGACCGGCAGGUACCGCGGCCAGAAGGUUCCCUCGGAUCAGCUACCGGUGACGGUGAGGUACGGGAAAAACACCACCAAGGACGUCCCGGCAGCGUACCAGUACUCGGAAAACCCCAAGAUCACAGAUUACUACCCCAAAGCCAGCUUCGUGUGCGGCGGUCGAAGGAUUGUGGUCGUGGGGAACGGGUUCGAUCUGAUCCAGACGGCCACGAUGAAGGUGCUGCCCUCUGCUGACGAGUUCUCACAGGACACCGCACCCGUGGAG